GAUAAAAUGAAUAAUUGACGUCAGAUACCAAUCUAAACCUGUCAAGAUUGACUCUGACAGGAUUGACAUGAGAGCAUUUCCACUUCACUCUUCAUUUCAUUCACACUUCCCAGACGAGCUUAAAGCAAAUUUAAUAAGUCGGUACAUUUUAUAGUGUAUUUUGUCCAAACAAAGUCGGUCUUAAUUGACGAAAAUUAUCGCAACUGCGAAAAGUUUUGUGCCGAAAAAAAUUAAGGUCAUGUUGUUUGGGCAGUUUUGUAUCUUCCAUUAUCUUACUCGUGCAACAACAGCAAAAAUAGCAUACGAGAGACUCAUAUCAAAAUAACAAAAAACCUGGAAAAGAGAUUGGGCAUGAACGUGAUUUAAAAAAACAAUGACGAAACUACCAUAUUCAAUAAAAUGACGUUAUAUAUGACGUCAAAUAUAAAAUAUACUUAUCCAACGCAAAACACUCACGCAAUAUCAACCGCGCACACAUCUUCUACACAAAAAAUGGAUCAAAGUACAAGUUUCGAUAUUGUUAAGAAAACUGGAGACAAAAAGAACGAAUCACCAUUGAGUUUGUUUCAAAGUGCGCGAAACACAAUUUUACAAGCCACAGGCAUUGACAAAUCGAAAGAUCUCUUCAAAGAAUUGAAUUUACCAAAAUCACUUGUGCAAUACUUAACAAAAGCGUUUGGUACCGAUGACUUCUUCGUAAACAAAGAUGAUGUCACACCUGAAGAUGUGGAAUCGGGGAUAUACAAAGCUGUAUGUCGAUUGGAUACCAAAGCCGUUAUCCUAAAAGUUCUUGACAGAAAGGAAAUAUCGAAGGAACGCUUUGAGGUUCUCAGUAAGUGGGAAAAUCUCUCCCUCACUGGCGUUCAAAAAUGCUACACAUCUUUCUUGCAGCAAGACAAAGUUGUUUAUGUUUUGGAAUAUGCCAGGAGAAUGGACGAUGUGAUCAAAAAUGUGAAGAAGCAGAAGACUACCAUCUCAGAAAGCACCAUUUGGUGUGUUCUUUAUCAGGUCACAAAAGUUAUCCUCGCCUUAGCAAAAGUGGGCUUACAUUGUCAAAAUCUGAAAACACACAAGCUGGGUUUCGCCAGUGAUGGAGAAAUCAGACUUGAGAGCGAUAUCAUGAGUUUAUCAGAAGAAGCAAGUGCGAUGGAGAACUUGAUAAUGGAGGAUGACGAGCCAACUGGUGUUUACACUUCUCCGGAAGUUAUUACCGGAGAAGAGCCAACAACAUCCAGCUUGGUUUGGGAAUUGGGCGUGAUCACAUAUGAGAUAGCCGCUCUUGAACCUGCUUACAAAAUUGAAGAUGCUUCCAACAUGUUCGAAGCCUUGAAUGAUAUUACAGAAGGCAACUCACCCCAGGAAUUAUCAGAUUCCUAUUCAGAUGACUUCAAACAGAUCAUUAAAAAAUGCUUGAAUACGGAUCCCGAAAAACGUCCAUCUUUGAAGGACUUGAAUUUAAUCUCCGAAGGGAAAUCCACAACAUGUGACGAAAUCAAACAAUUCCUUUAAAACCAGUUUAUUUUACCCCUGUUUAUCUUUCUUUUAUCCUGUAAAUAAAUUGUGUAAAUACAUGUACAAAAAAUAA